AUGGUGAAGAGUUACCCGGAAGUGAAGGAAGAGUACAAGAAAGAUAUUAUAAGAUGCAAGAGAAAGCUCCGUGGUCUUAUCGCCGAGAAACACUGUGCUCCCAUCGUCCUCCGUCUUGCAUGGCAUUCGGCUGGGACAUUUGAUGUGAAGACGAAGACGGGAGGACCGUUUGGGACGAUAAGGCAUCCACAAGAGCUAGCUCAUGAUGCUAACAAUGGUCUUGAUAUUGCCAUUAGGCUUCUUGAGCCCAUCAAGGAGCUGUUCCCCAUCUUGUCCUACGCUGAUUUCUACCAGCUGGCUGGAGUUGUUGCUGUUGAGAUUACUGGAGGACCCGAGAUUCCAUUCCAUCCUGGUAGACUGGACAAAGUUGAGCCACCUCCUGAAGGUCGUCUGCCUCAGGCCACCAAAGGCGUCGAUCAUCUUAGAGAUGUGUUUGGUCGAAUGGGACUCAGUGACAAAGAUAUCGUUGCUUCGUCUGGUGGACACACCUUGGGUCGGUGCCACAAGGAGCGCUCAGGAUUCGAGGGACCAUGGACACAAAACCCUCUCAUUUUCGACAACUCCUAUUUCAAAGAGAUACUAAGUGGAGAGAAAGAAGGACUUCUUCAACUACCAACAGACAAGGCUCUUCUCGAGGAUCCUCUGUUUCGUCCUCUCGUUGAGAGAUAUGCAGCAGAUGAGGAUGCCUUCUUCGAGGACUAUACUGAAGCUCAUCUGAAGCUGUCAGAACUCGGGUUUGCCGACAAGGAGUAA